GUGGUCGCCCUCCACCACGCCCUCUUCGUAACCUCCCUGGACAUCUCCCUCAACCCUCGCAUCACAUGGCGCGGCGCCGCCGCCCUGUCAGAACUCCUCGACACCGUCAACAUCAAGCAGCACGCGCGGCACCAGUCGGCCAUCGAAUCAUCCCCCCGGCCGCCGCCCUGCCUGCGCCGCCUGGCGCUGGACGGCCUGCCGAUCGGCGACGCCGGCGGGCGCGCGCUGUGCGAUCGGCUGAUCUGCAACGAUGCGCUGACGCGGCUGUCGGCGCGGGGAUGCGGGAUUGGGGCGGCAAGCGCGGGCUCACUGGGAUGGAUGCUGCAGGAGAACGCCACGCUGGAGGUGCUGCGGAUAGGUUGGAAUAGCUUGGGCGCCUUGGGAGCAGCAAAGCUGUCAUCCGGCCUGCGGGCCAAUGGCACGCUUCGAAUACUGGAGCUAUCCUACAAUGGCCUGGGCCAGGCUGGCGCAAGUCACGUGGGGCGCGCCCUCGUGGACAACGGGGGCUUGACUGAACUGGAUCUCAGCAGCAACGGCGUCGGGAGCAGGGCGUGCUCUGUGAUCGCGGACGCCCUUUCCCGAAACACCAGGUUGGCGGUCCUGCACUUGAAUAGCAACCCCCUGGGUGGCGAUGGCGGACGCCGCCUGCUGCAGACGCUCGCCGGCAGCGACAGCCUCAAGCGCAUCGCGCUGCAGGGGAGCACGUUCGCGGACGAUCCAAUAGUCGUGUCCGAAAAGAUCUUCAGCCGAAGGAAUCCUAACGGAAAGUACACGCUGGAUUUGAAGGACCCAUCUCAUCGUCAGCUUGUCGCAGAGCUCGUUAGUUUAAGGCAAUGUCAGGGCGAAUCGACAUGGCAGCAGGCCCAACUCAACGCCCAGCCUCUGGAUCCCCAAAUCAUCGACGACUGGACGGAACGUCUCCCGGAGGAAGGCGUUCUUCAAGUGGCUUUCGCGGCCGCAGAGGGGCCUCCCCUGGAUGUGCUGCCCAUAACGGAAGGCGAUUUCCAAUGCGUGAGACAGGAAAUGUCACAGGAGGGCGCCAGCGACUACUGGCGCCUCACCUUGAUCCAGCUCAUGACUGGGACGUUCUUCUUCUCAGCCGCGCAGGUCGACCGUGUAGUGGCAGCCCGGCUGCUGGAAGCAAGCGCGAAGGAAGGCCACUGGAGAACCGAUCCGCUGAAGACCAAUUUUCGAAACGUCCUGGUUGACGAUCAAGAAGUUGAAGUCGAAAAUCCCGCGACUUUUCAGGUGCCUAAGAGGGGGUACAUGCAGCUGGACUACGUGUCCAUCAGCGACGUGAGGAGCGGAAAGGCACCAAUCGCAGCGAGAAGGGUGCCGGUCGACGACUACGUGUUUUUCCAACUCGUGGGAGUUGUGCAGGCUUUGCUGGCCCUGGAAAACUCCAACAAGGGCCCUGCGGAGGGCGAUGCGAGCGGCAAGGAGGACAAGGGCGCAACACGGGCCUCCAAAAGAUCCGCAAAAUCCAAAUCCAAGGGAAGGGGCAAGAAGGGAAAGAAGCAGUCCCAGCUCUCGGCAGAAGAGCCUGCAGCUCAGCAGCAGGGAGAGGAGACAUCGGGGUCAAUGCACAUACCUCUCCCCAGCGGCAAUGCGCAUUCGCAACGCCGAGGCGCCAUCAUGUCACCGCGAGCCGCCAAGUUCUCGGAAGUGUUUCGGAAGCACCUGGCGCAGGUGGAGCAGCUGCGAAUGUCGGGCAUGCCUGCGGGCGUCGCCUGGAGGACGAUUUUGCAGCGCUUGCGCGAGCUGGGCGUCGUGACGGAACAGUUUGCGGCCGUGUGGGAUGGCGAGAUGCCCUCCCUCGCGCCACUGGACGUCGUGCGAUCAUUUUCAAGCAGGGUCUUCGUUAGAUGCGACCAGGUGAUCGACCUCCUCGCCGUGUUUGGCGACACCAAUCAAGCUCCUGGAUAUUCGCCCCCAAGCGGCUCUGCUCGCGUGGAGCUCAUUCAAAUCGUGUUCUGCCGCAUUGUGGAUCUCAAUCAUUUCGCAUCGGUCUUGAAGAAGUUGCCGCCCGAGGAACAGACCGAGGUGCAUAGACGACUUGGCGUGUUGAACACCGUGCCGAUGGCCAGGAUGGACCACUUGCACCUCGACGGGCUGCAUUUCUGCCUGAGGCUCCAUCGCGGGGACGAGGCCGCCAUGUGCGCGCAGAUGUGCACAGUGGCGGCUGGCGUGCCGCGGGGCCAAGUGUUCCGGGACACUUGCAUCAACGGGUGCCCUAUGUCGAUACCCGAGAAUGAGAGAAUGAUGAAGUCCAUUGUGAAACUGGGCCGUCGGGUCCAACAGCCCGGUGCGUUGCGCAAGCGGCGAAUGUUGCAACUUGUGCGCGUUGCAAUUCGUGCGUGUUGCAGCUCGUCGGAGGGCCACUUGCCGCACGGAUUAAACCUUCCUGCCAUAAGCUGUAACAAGGAAGUCCACAGCUGA